AUGCCAAUAUUAAAAGAGGGUGGGCCCGCCGCUGUCGCAGAAAGGAAGCGGCCUGUUGCAGGCUCCAUGUCAGCCGCGAAAGCUCACGAAUUCGCAAGCAGGGACGUCCUGAGAAGCUCGCCCGCCCGCCGUCAAAGCACCCGCAGCAAUCGGAGGAGACGGAGGAGUUCGCGCUCUAGUGCGUCCCUGCGCGACCUCGAAAAGGACUCGCCCACCCUCAAGGCCCUUGAAGCCCAAAGCGCCGCGCAUGCUAAAGAGCAGGGCCUCCCGCGCCACAGCGUCGACGAUAACAUCACCGCCCUCCCUAAUCAGCGCCGCCUCGAACACAGUCCGCACCUUCGCCCUAUAUCGCAGCAGCACGGCACCAUCCCCUACAAUUUCUCUCUCAACGAAACAAAUCCGAAUAACUCGCAGUCGAGCAUCCCAACCGCCCGUGAGCGGGGCAAACUCCAACGACCCCAGUCCCUGCGCAAGCCUAUCAACGAGUCGGGCCUCGUUCGGCGCAUCUCAAGCAAGAAGCAGAAGCGGGAACAUGACCAUCUGCGCGAGGAGGAGAUCCGGGCCAUGAGCAUGCCGCUCCCGCAGAAAAGACCAGCAGGCAAGUCGGGAGACAUGCUGCGACGAGAAAGCAAGAAGGUCAAGGGCAGCCUCAACCGCCGCUUCGAACGACACGACUCCAACGUCUCGCUCCCACUUGAAGAGUCCAUAUCUUCCUCCAUGUCCGGCAGCUCAGAUCCCCGCGCCUUCCGGGUCAGCACCUUCGCUAUGUUCUCACCACGGCCCACAGUACGGUGCUCAGUCGGCUCCCAACACUAUGCUAGCGGUACCGACUCAUCGCCACUCUCUAACAAGAGCCGGUCCAACACACAGCGAGGGCGUCAGCCGGGUAGCAGAGAUGCCCCUCAAGAUUGGAACGAGAAGAGAGACAAGAGGAGUAGCAGGAUAGACGAUCUGGCAGACGAGCUUGACACUGGUGCGCUGAGAGAAAUAAUGGAGCGGGACCAGCGGCGAAGAGAGAAGAAGAGGAAAGCUGAAGAUGAACGUCUACGCCGAAGGUUGGAGCGCCGCGCAGAGAAGCAACGAGCAGCAGAAGCUGCACCCCCGACGCCAGGGACGCCUACUACCCCUCGGAAGGAUGCACAAGGAACGAUUGGCCUGGGCAUUGAGAGGAAUAUGGGUGCACCCACGCAUAUGCCCAUGGAAGACGUUCGGCCAACCACGCCACAGCGCCGCCCACCUCCUCUCACACCUCAGAUUGAGGAGAUCAGCCAACUUCCCACCCCUCUGGAGAGCCCCAUUGAGGAGCCGGUCAUUUCUAGCGCCCAGGCUGUCCGCUACUCCCGAGGCAGCGUCUCAGCUACUCACACCCGUGGGCCCUCGAAUGUUUCUCAAAUGCCAGAGCUUCUCUCAGAGCGUCUUGCCCAGGAAACACCUAUUGAGUCGAUCGAACCUGCACAUGAUCCGAUGGCAAGUGGAUCUCUGCACGCAGUCGAAACCACCGACACUGCUGCAACAUCGAAGAAGGGUGCCGGCCGCCGUCGCAGCUCAGAAGGAAGGCGCAUGGCCGUCUUUGCUUCGCUCUUCAGACGCGGCAAGCGACGAUCCCAAGAUCAGGGUCGUACAACACCUUCCGAGGUAUCGUUUUCGAACACCUCCCGCGAGUCUAUGUCUCGCCAGCCACUUCCCGCCCAUUUGGUCGGGCCACCACCACCACUACCUAGUGCACCUAUCGCCAUCAAACGUCCCUCGAGCGUCCCCCGUCGUACCAGAUCCAAAUUCAGGGAAGAUCUACCUGAAUUUACUCCGCCGGACUCGCGAGUGCAAUCGCCCGAGAUCAUUCAUAACAGCGCUAUCGCUGCUCGGCGAAGAAGUCAACCACCGGCUGGGCUGCGUAUCGAGUCUGACAACUCUGUUGCCGCUCGAACAGAUUCUCCCGUCAGCCCAGGGGUUCCUAAUGCAGGACUGAUGUCACAAUCUCUAGCUUCAGUCGACUCAGAAGGUUCUUGGCUAUCUGGAAAGCCCAUUAAGCGCAGCUCUAACAAGUCUCACUUGCGAUCCAGCGUCGGGUCGUCCACCGCCCUCAAAACGCAUGAGCCAUUCAGUGCAUCUUACGAAGAACUUGGCAUUCCCGAUGACGAAUACUUUAGAAGAUUGACCCCUCAGCCCGAUGAGCAUCGCCCGUCGUUGCUCUCCAAGGAGCUGGAACGGAAACCCAGCAGCAUGGCCAUGUCACCCCUCGAGGAUCCCAUCAAUCUUGCGGACUCUGAUAACGAAGAGACAGCGCCUACCAGGUCGGGAACGUCCCAAGAAGAUGAAGAGCUCGUGCACAGCAGCAUUGGUCGACAACCCACUGUCAUUCACCGACAAUCGCGCGUGAAGUCGAGAGAGGGCCUUCUGAGCUUCUACCUCGAGGACAAGCCUUCGCCAGGCGAAAGCGCCGAAAUCCUCGAAGGAGACUCGCCGACAUCAGACAAUGAGCCUGCGGUUGUGCAGCGCGCCAGAAGCGUCGACUUGGGCAAACAUCAUUUCCGACAUCUCAGUGCUGGAUCAGCCAAGCUUUUGGACAUCCAAAAGCGAGCGAGCACAUCGUCGCAGAGCAGGCUAACGCAACAGGAACAAUGA